CUUACUCAAUGCAAUAUAAGGCAGGUUACUAUUAUAUGGUUCGUAGUUAUACUGUAAUAUUUCGUAGGUAUAAUAACAGACGAAAGGAUGAUACUGCUAAUCGCUAUAGUUGUCAUCACUCAAUCAUUUGGCACACAGGGAGUUAUCGAUAUAGUUCAAGAGGAUGUCAUUUGUACUGUUUACAGUGAGGAGUAUUUUACAGAACCCGAUGCUUUUGUUGAUGAACAGAAUGGAAUGUUUGUCAACUUCACGAUGAUUAAACAACUUCCGAUAGAAGCUCAAGGAGGCUUAGAUAUCGUUGUCGAGGACGCCAAUUGUCCCUUCUACGAUAAGGAAUAUUUCACAGAACCUGAAACGUUCAUAACUGAUCAGAAUUCAUUGGUUGUAAACAUCACGAUAAUUAAAUCACUUCCGAUAGAAGCUCAAGGACAUCUCGCAUUAAUAGGAGCAUCAAUGGGCGAAUAUGUUGUGAGUACUGGAAUUGAUCAAGAGAUGGACAUGUGUGAUAUACUCCAGGAACCUAUUAUGACGGGUCCUCUUUUUAAAGUAUUAGGAUUUUCUGAAGACGAUUGUCCACCUGAAGUUGGUGUUUAUGGAACUGAAGGUUAUGUUAUACCAACAGAUACAUUACCAGAUGGUUUCCCACCUAAUAAAUACAUGGUAAAUACAACUUUAUCAUACGACGAGAAACCAUUAUUAGUAUGCCAAAUGUUUGCCAACGUUCAAUAAAACGUGAAGUUAUUUUUUGGACCGACACUAUUAUGAUAAUUACUUAUUUUUUAUUGUGUAAUCAUGGAUCCUAAUAAAAGUAAUUACUCUAAUA